AUGAAGAAAUUGCACCCGCCAAGCAAUGUCGACCUCCUGGAAGUGGACCUAAUGGAUCUCACCAGUGUUGCCGCAGCUGCCAAGCACUUCCUCAGUCUCGAGAAAUACCUCCACGGCCUUGUCAACAAUGCCGGCAUCAUGGCAACACCAUUCGGCAUAACCAAGGAUGGCCACGAGGCCCAAUGGCAGACCAAUUACCUGGCCCACUGGGUCUUAACAGAGCUCCUGUUGCCCUUGAUGCGACAUACUUCCAAAGGCCUUCCCGCAGGCAGCGUACGGAUUGUCAACCUGACUUCCACGGGCCACUUAGGGGCGCCGAAGUGCGGUAUCAAUUUCGAAAACCCGGCACUAGAGGAGAGCAGCCCUUGGGCACGGUACGGGCAGAGUAAGCUCGCAAACAUUCUACACACCAAGACCCUACACGAGAAGUACGGCCCCGCUUCUUCGAGUGCAGUCAGCGGUGAGGGCGAGAUCUGGGUUUCUGCGGUACACCCAGGCCUAGUCUCGACCAACCUCUCCAAGCCGGCACAAGAGUCGGGCUCAGUAAUGAUCAAUCUCUUAUUAGCUCUGCGCGGCUUUGGGUUAAUGUGGUCUGCCGAUAGGGGCUCAUGGAACAGUCUGUUCUGUGCCGCGAGCCAGGACAUGAAGGUGGAGCAAUGUGGCAAAUAUCUCGAGAUUUUCAGGCGAUUUGGCGAACCUUGGUGGCAGAGCGGUCCAUCCAAGGACGACAUGCUCGCCAAGACACUGGACGAGUGGACCAGAGAUGCCAUGAAGGAGGAAGGAUGGCUCCAGUAA